CCUCCUUUGGUUUGACCAGGUACUCCGUCCACACACCAUACGAAUAUAAGACUUACAAUCCAUCCAUCUCCAAGCUGAACGGCAAUCAAAUACGUCGCGAGGUGAACACACCGGGCUUUGUCAGGUCUCGAGCCCAUUGCGCACUGUAGAUAUGCAAUCCCUCGAAAAGAAGCAUCUCCAUUGGCUCACCACACAUCGUCCAACCGGACUAAAUGUCCCAACCAAGAAGGUCCAUGGAGACAUUUCGUUCAUCAAGGUAUAGAUGCUCAAUGACCAGCAUUCACGUAUAUGUAUAUAUAUAUAUAUACAUGACCCUGAUCCUCUCCAAUUGGAUAUGCAAGUUGAAUUAACUACCCAGCUGAGGAGCGAAAACCGAGCCCCAUAAUGUCCAGCACGCGUGUCGUCAACAACAAUCAUGAUCCCGUCUCUGAGAUACACGAGGUCAUGGUCCAACGACUCUCAAUCAAGUCCAUAUCAACUGAUUUGAACAUCUCAGUCCCUGCUGCCUUUUACCAUUCACACUCCAUAUAUCAAUUAGAAAAGAGAGCUAUCUUCUCCAGACGAUGGUUCCUCGUCUCUCACAAGGCUCGAUAUCGCAACACGGGUGACUUUGUACAAUAUGAGAUGGCAGGGUUCAAUUUCGUGGUGGUCAAGAACAAAGAAGGGGAUUUAGUCGGCUUCCACAACAUAUGCAGACAUCGAGCGUUUCCUGUCGUUCGAGAACCACAAGGCACGGCUCGCAUCUUUUCGUGCAAGUAUCACGGAUGGUCCUACGACUUGAACGGUAAAUUGACCAAAGCACCCCGGUUCACGCCAGAGUCAGUGCCGACCUUUGAUCCAUCUGCCAUCCACCUCUUCCCGGUCCAUGUCCACGUCGACCGCAACGGUUUUGUGUACGUCAAUCUCGACGCGAAUCCCGACCCCGCCAUCUCCUGGGGGUCUCAGUAUGGGGAUCUCGAUCGACAACAAGUCCUCUUGAACUCCGGCAUCGAUUGGGACAAGGUCGAGUAUGACUUUACGUGGACCAAUGACGGAGCCUUUAAUUGGAAGGUGAUGCAAGACAAUUACAACGAGUGCUACCACUGUCUGACCGCGCACCCGGACGUGGCAAAGACCACCGACCUCGACACCUACCACGUCUCCCCCGGCCAGGACCAACACACCUACAUAUCCCACUUUAGCGAACCCAAAGCUUCGGUGUUGAGUAGCAACAAGUUCGACUCGUCACGUUUCGCCGGUCGUUCUCAAACCCACGUUUUCCCGGCCGGCCACUUCUCGCCCAACCCGGGGACGGGAUUCAUGCACCUGAUGCGUUCGGUGCCGACCUCCCCCACGACCACCCGACAAGAGUACGACGUUUACAAACUCGACACGCCACGUUCGACCCCCGAGUCUUACGAACGCAUGGUCAAGUUUUACAGGAAGGUCGUCGACGAGGAUCUGGAGUUGUGCGAACGGGUGCAGGAGAACCUCGAACGAGGAGUGUUCGAGACGGGGACGCUGCACCCUUUCCACGAAGAAGGCGUGCACGCUUUCCAGAAGAUGGUUCUGGGCGUGCUCGACGAACACGUCGAGCUAGAGAAAACCAUCGGAAAAGAAUUAUGGGCCGCAAAGCCGACCACUCCUCGACGAGGAACCGGAGGUGUCGACGAUGAUCACGGAGUCAAUGGCCAGCAAAAUCCGUGCAUGGCUUUGCUGAAAGAUGUGGAGUGGUAGAUAGAUUUGUGUUCCCCCCGAAAAAGAACAGAAUCUUACGGGUUCAUUCGUAUGAGGACACCAAGUAUGUGGGUUCAAUAUACUCUCAAAUGUGCACUCGAUAUCUGUAUCUUGCCGAAACGUGUCCUCC